AUGGCUCCAACGAUUACGCCAUACACGCAAAAGCUCGCUCGCAAAACCCACCGCAAGUCUCGCCUCGGGUGUCGCAACUGUAAGCGGCGCAGGAUCAAGUGUGACGAGAUCAAGCCACACUGCACCAAUUGCAUCCGCCACGCCAUUGGCUGCGAUUACAGCUCGCAGCCCCGAGAUCUCUCCAGUCCACCGACCGAAGGCAGCCCCUCGACAACCUCAUCGACAUCAGAUCGAGCCGAGGGCGAGUACACAUACUACACCUCGACGCCAACCAACUUCAAGCCACCCAUUCGAACACACGGCCCUUCGCGGGCCUCAAUCCAGCAGUCUCACAGCAUCGCCCAACCCCCCCGAGAACUCGCCAAGCGGCCCUUCGAAUUCACCGCCACCGACAUGGCGCUCUUCCACCACUUCCUCACCUCCAAGGACCUCACCGCCGUGCAGCCUCGCGCGCAGGAACAGCUCUGCCGACUCGGCUUCAUCCACCAUUUCGUCCUGCGCCUCCUGCUCGCCUUUUCCGGCUUCCAUCUAGUGCGCACUUCUCCUGGCGGGCGAUGGACCCACUACAUGGGCACCGCAAGGGACUUCUUCAGUGAAGCCGACCGGCACCUCCAGCUCGCCGUGCAGGAGGUCACAGCCCUAAUCCCGCAACUCAGCCCCGAGAUCGCGCCGGCGAUGUACGCCUCCACCGUCUUCAUUUUUCUGGCCUCGCUGGCCAAGGGUCCCCAGCCGGGCGAGUACCUGGCCUUCCAGGACGACGGGGCAGCGGGGUAUUUAGGCCUGUUUCUGGGCGUUCGGUCGAUCCUGGAGCUUUGUCAGAAUGAUAUUCCGACGGAAGUCUUUGCGAUAUCGGGCGAGGAUGACUAUCCGUCGGAGGCUACCAGCCACCUGAGGAACCCAGACACGGACUCGACAGGUGUGGGGAACUACGAACACCAUCUCAACACCCUCCGCCAGCUUGUCUCCCUCAAGGUGCUCGACUCAGAUCCCCGCUCUGCCAGCUACCACCGGAUGGUAAACCACCUGCAUUACUGUCUUCAUGCACUUCAGGAGAAGAGUCACGGCAUGGGUCUCUUUCCGCUGAUAUUUGCGUGGCUGUAUCAAUUGCCAGAUGAUCUAGUGCGGGAUCUGCGGGAUGGAGUCCCGGUCUCUCUGAUUCUGUUCGCGUUUUUCGCAGGGCUUUUGCACCAGUUGGAUGGGGUCUGGUGUAUCCGGGGCUGGUCGCGGCAUAUUGUCCGCGGCAUUUAUCAGAGACUCGAGGCAGAGUAUCGACCGUUUAUCCAGUGGCCGGUUGAGCAAGUUGGG